AUGACGCUACGCCGCUCAUCGCGCGCUCCACCGCCAGCGCACAGCAACUCCUCGUCGUCCCUCUCCUCUCGCGACCGCACAACCAGAUCCAACAACAAAGCAUCCUCGCCACGCAAAUCCGACUCGCCUGGCUCGCUUUCGUCUGAUGACGGUGACGACACCGGUCGCACCCGUCACAGCGAGGAGCUCCAGACCCGCCGCCGCACACGCGCACAAGACAUCGAGGAGGAGGAGGCUGCAAAGAUGGACGAGGAGCUCGACGAAGAGGUCGGCGACGACGAGGAGGAGACGACACGCUGCAUUUGCGGAUACCAGGAGUACCCGGGCCCGCCGUCAGACGAUGAGGAUCUGGCGGUCGGCUCCGACCUCCAGGCCGAGGAUGUCGGUGGUCUCUUCAUUCAGUGCGAUAAAUGCAAGGUAUGGCAGCACGGUGGCUGCGUGGGCAUCAUGGAGGAGAAGUCGGUGCCGGAGAACUACUUCUGCGAGGAGUGCCGCAAGGAUUUGCAUAACCUCUUGGCCAGUCCUAAAGGACAAAAGUACUCCCAUUACAUUCCGGUCGUCGGCAACAAGGUCCCGUCGAAACACUCUGCAAGGAAGUCGUCGGUCUCCAAGGAGGCAGAGUCGAGGAAUUCGAGAGAUAAGGACAAGGCAUCGCGCUCCAGCGUUGAAGCAUUCACGAAGCGUCGUUCUACUAUGAACAGCCGGGCGGCGUACGACGACGACGAGGUCCUCCGUCAGGUCCUAGAAGACAGCAAGGGCGAAGGCGGCACAGCCACAUCGGAAAACGGAACCAGAAAGGGCAAGAGAGUCCGCGACGAAAGUGAAGACGUCAAGCAAGGAAUCAAACGGCAACGAACUGGAUCGGGCUCCUCUAGCUCUCCUGCUCCGUCAGAGGGUCUCGAUUCGGACGAUGAUGGCCGUUCAAAGAGCAACUCGGCAAGCCAAAAACAGAAGCCACGCGGUGCGGCAGCAAGGAGUCAACAGGAGAGAAUCGCACGAGAGCAAAAAGAAAAGGAGCGGGAGCGAGCAGAAGCCGCUGGAAAACGUAAAGGACGCGCGGAUAGAAGACGCGGUGAAGACAUGGAGACAGAGACUACUGCGCGCGAGACUCCGAACGAAUCCGAACAGCAAGAGAACGAGCCCCCCGCAAACCAGACUCGCGAAACUCCUACCGCGCCCGCCCCGAACGCGAAGCGACCCGGCAAGUCCGGUGGCCAGAAGCGCGGCGGUAAUCGCGUAGGACGCAACCAGUAUACCCGCGAUCGCGACCUCAAUUCCGUCGACAAGGCGCCGGGAUCGCCUGGCAGGAAUGGCGUGCGUAACCACAAAGACAAAGAUGAAGAGGGUUCGCCGGUGAAUGGAACGGACACAGCUGCAAAUGGCAGCGGCAGCGACGUUCCUGCGGUGGGGAGGCCCACCAAGAAUGGGAAGAAGAUGGGCGUGUCGAAGCUUGACAAGAUAAGCUGGAAGGACAUGAAUGGGACGGCUUCACACAUGCUGGAGUACAUCUCGCGUGUCCAAGUAGAAAUGGCCAGCGAGAAGACGACCACGACCACCUCGGCGAUCGCUGUUGUAAAGACGCUCCAGGUGAUCAAUGGCACGACGACGGAUAAGCUGGCACCCACUGAUGGCAGUAACGGCCUUGCCAAACCAACGGACGGGAAGGAAGAAAACUACGAUACGUUGAACAGCCUCGAGAUGAUGGACGUGCUAACACGAAACUUGGUGUUAUGGCAGCAGAAGUUUGGCGAACACCGGGACAAAUGA